AUGUCAAUUGCAAGGAAAACCAGUCGGGCGGACGAUACACUUAACCCCCCGGGAGCAGUUGCCAGGAAAACUAGCCGAUCAAGCGACACAUUAGCAGACGGUUCGAGACGUCGACGUGUUAGCAGAUACGAACCACCAACAGCAAAUCUGGCGACCUCCGAUAGAAGACGGAAAAUCAGCCGGGUAUAUCUCCCGUCGUUACACGGAUCAUCUCGUGGUCAGUAUGACGAUACAGACAUGACGCACAGCGAAACUUCGUACAUGCAGACGGGCCAAAGGCGAGUGGAAUGUGAGCCAACCUAUCGCAUGGAACCUUACAAAAAGUUCCGAUCACACGAAGUGGAAAAGGUGGCUACAGACGUGUUAAAAUCAUACCUGGAACACGAAGAAUAUGAUCCCGAUAUAAGCAGGGGCUUGUCUAAAGACCUGGCUAGAGUGAUUCUAGACCGCGUGAAGGCGCUUGGAUUCAAACGCUACAAGUACGUCGCCAUCGUCAGCAUAGGUAGCAUUAAAGAACGUCCGGGAAUGAAUUUUGGAAGUCGAUGUCUAUGGGAUCCUAAGUGGGACUCAUUCACAACAAUAAAAUACGCAAAUAGCUCACUCUUUGCCGUCGCUAUGAUAUAUGGUGUAUAUUUUGAAUAG